GUUGAAGGUACCGUGCCACUUCUGGUCACCCACAUCUGAACCCACAUGCCGGAUAGCGACCUUGUUCAGCUUCUGAGUGGUUGCCAUGGCCUACAUCUCGACCGCCUGUCGUAUCCCGUAUUAGAUGCCGCUGCUGUACCUCGAUACCUCCUAUACAUGAUACAGACCAAUGGCCGUCAUGUCUUAGCUGGCCAUGCCUUUUACUGUGCAAGGAAGCACGAAGAACCAUCGUCGGAGACGGCUACCAACCUGAAGAAGUAAGAAAGGGCUAUUAUUGCCCCGAUGUGUUCGCUGGCCACCCACGAUACACUGCGGGCAAAUAUGAGCUGAACCCGGCAAUUUUAGAAUGUUGCAUGAUUGCCGUGCUGGCACCCAACACGCUUUGCCAUGCUCCACACCACUUGGAAUCCCAGUUUGCUGAAGGAGCAAAUUUAUAAUAACCAUUAGUAUCCAUUCAGUCACCAGCCCUGCCAGGUGUUGGAAACAUGGUGGUAUCCAGGACAAGCAACGAUUUGAUCACGUCCUGAUUCCACUUACCAGAACGUUCGACAACUUACUCAGUCUACUAGACCGAUUUGUUUUCAGGAUGAUUCCUGGCGAAUCUGUGUCCUGGUCGGGUCAACCUGCUACGGACUACGAAAAGCCAGAGGCAUUGAGCCCUCAAAUCUUCAUAGGGGGCCCUCAGCUGGAUGGCGAAGCCACUCUACAUGGCUACGAGGACCCGAGCCCUCCCGGGGACACCAAAAAAUUUCGUGGAGAGGGCUUAUGAUUGGAAUCAUCCUUACUCGUUUUUCAACCUCGUGUACAACGCCAAGGACGAGAACCUGAAAGUCGAGCAUUCCAUUGAAGGGUCACUGGGAACUCUUCUAGGUGUCUGGACAACAUUCACGAGUGUCAUGUUCUCUUAUAUCGGCAUGGAUAUCGUCGCAGCUAGAGCAGCAGAGAGCCGAGCAUUGAGUGACGUCGAGAGCAUGAAAAUGGCCGCUCGCAAAAUCAACCUUCGUGUCAUUACAUUGUAUUCGCUGGCCAUGCUCACCGCAUCGUUUGUUGUCCCCAUGGACCACCCUUUCAUCAAUGGCCACAGUACCUCGGUCGGUGCACGCUCCAUUUUCAUUAUCGUCGUCGUGGAGGCUGGCAUGCCCAAAGUUGCCCACUUUUUCAACGCAGUCUUUGUCUUCCCGGCCUUCACUUGCGGUAUUAACUCUAUGUAUAUCGCGACGAGGGUUUUGCAUACCCUGGCUCUUCGCGGUCAGACCGGCCCUGAGUUUAUUACGAGACGUCUUCGCCGGUGA